UAGCAUGUCAGAAACUCUCAUGGACCAGGAUUCUACAAAGCUGCAAGCAGAGGUGGAGCGACUAGCAGCUGAGCUGCAGGAGGCAAUCCAAGAGAAUGUCCAGGCAGCCCAGUAUGGGCUAGCUGUGCUGGAGGAGAAUGAGGAGCUCAAGCAGCGCUGUGGAGAUCUGGAAGGUCAACUAGAGGUCCUACGUGUAGAAUUGGCCUGCAUGAAGGAGGCUUUGGCAGAAUCUCAUAGCAACCAUAAACGAGCAGCAGCUGAUGGGGAAAACCGGGAAGAGUCUCUACUCAGGGAAUCCGCUUCCAAAGAAGCCCAUCUGACUCAAACCAUUGAGGAGCUCCAAAGUGAAGUGAAAUUCCUGAAAUCUCAGUUUGACAACACAGGGGUGGAAAAUGACCGGCUCAGUGUAGCUCUGCGAGACUUAAGGAAGGAGUGCCAGACUCUGGAGACUGAAAAAAAUCAAUUGCGUGAGGAGAUGAAACAAGCUAAGUCACGGGAACUUCGCCAGUUGCAGGAUUGUGGAGAGCUUGAGGAAGAAAAUAUUUCUCUGCAGAAACAGGUCUCCAUUCUCCGGGGAAAUCAGGUGGAAUUUGAGAGUGUCAAGCGUGCCCUAAGGUGCCGUGAGGAAGAGCUUAUGUUGGCUGAUUCCCAGCUACAAGAACAGGGUCGUCUUCGGGAUCUGGCCGAACAGCAACUUCAGGAGGCCCUUGAGACUGUCCAGGCUGAGCGUGAGCAGAAGCAGGAACUGCGGCGGGAGCUAGCCGUCUAUGCUGGGGGCCGUCAUGAUUCUCUGAACAGCUUGCAGACCAACCUGGAGGAGCUCAGCCACAGCCACACCACAGAGUGUGAAGAGCAAGACAGUGGUUUUGCCAAUGGUAGCAACGUAGGGGUCCUGACAUCCACACCUCACAGCUUCCAGCCUGCACCUGGUCUUGUUGCAGACCUCUUCAGUGAACUUAGCUUGGCAGAGAUUCACAAGCUACAGCAGCAACUCCAACAGGCAGAAAAAGAAAAGGCUUCACUUGCUUCAGAUCUGCAGGAUCUCAAGAAACAGCUGACCAGGACUAAGGAGAUCUUGGCCCAACAGCAGUUGUGCAACAGCCGUCAAGUAGAUCAGCUUCCAGCCCCAGAGGCUAAGCCUAGUACUAAUAACGGUGUGGAUAACCUGUCACCCAAUAAUAAUGAAUGCUACCGUGAGGAGCUGGACAGGGCCCAACUGGCAAUCCGGCAGGAGAGAGAGGCAGCUGCCCGCUUAGAAGCUGAGUUGAGAGUUGCUAGACGGAUUACCAGAGAGUGUCAGUCACGGCUGGCUGAGACUCAGGAGGAGCUCCUUAUUUUUUCUGAGGAGAUGGCAUCUCUCUACCAUCACAUCUGUGCCUGCCACAACAUAACCCCUCACCGUGUAGUAUUGGACUAUUACAGGGAGGGUCGUGGUGUUCAAAGUGUGUGCCGGAGGCAUUCCUCCAGAAAGCAUAUGUUCACAGAAAUAGAGACAACUAGCAGUGGAGACAGAUCACCAGCCAGUAGCCCUGGCUCUCUGUGUGGUUUGGAGCCUCUUUAUGUCACUAAUCUGACAGAGAUCUUGAGAGAACAGCUGGGGCAUCUGGAGGUGGCACUGUCCAUUGCACAUCAACAGAGCCCAAUGGGGCACAGAGCUGAAUUGGAACGUGAUAAAGAAGUUCUGGUAGAAGAGGUGCUGAAACUGAAGUCCAUGUUGAGCACAAAGCGUGAACAGGUUGCUACACUGCGCACAGUGCUUAAGGCCAACAAGCAGACAGCAGAGGCAGCCCUCUCAAAUCUCAAAGGACAGUUCGAAAGUGAAAAAGUGCUGGUAUCAGAGACCAUGAUCAAGUUGCGUCACGAGCUCAAAGUCUUGAAGGAGGAUGCUGCUACUUUCUCUUCCCUACGUGCCAUGUUUGCUAGCAGGUGUGAUCAGUAUGUGAGCCAACUAGACGAGAUGCAACGGCAACUGGAAGCUGCAGAGGAUGAAAAGAAGACUCUAAACUCCUUGUUGCGCAUGGCGAUCCAGCAGAAGCUGGCACUCACACAUCGACUAGAGGCUCUUGAAAACCCAGUGGAAGAGAUGCGGAGCAAUAGGAGGAUACUCAGAGCAGCCAAGAGUAGUGCGAGAUGAGAUUAAUGGGAUUCGGUACAGGAUUUCUUGGUUGUUUGGGAUGCUCUGUGACGAAAGGACUGCAAUUCGCUUGAGUAACCAAAAACACUGAGUACCUGCAACCUGCAGCCACUCAAGAAGGAAACUGGAUAAGAAGACUGUAGCCCGAACAUGUGUCUUUAUCUCCCCCCCUCCUUUUCCUUACUGCCUUAAGAACUCCCAAAGAUAUACUUUCUCUCUAAUAUUUCUCUGGAACUAUUUUGUAAAACACCUGUAAUACCUUUUUAAAGCUUUGUUCCAAUAACAGUGAUAUCAACCUUGAAUAAGGCUACACACUUAGUGUUAACUGGCUGAAAGAAAUUGUGCAGGGAUUGCCUGUUUCACUACCCCAUAUUUGCUCCCCCCCACAUUGACCAACCAUUUAUUCUGCUUAUCUGUUUGCCACAGGUUUUACAGGUAAAUUGAAACAGCUGUGCAACUAAUGGACAUGUAACAAUGAAAUAUGUUGUCAGAUGAAGAUAUACCUGGAAGCAAUUUUGCAGGUUGGAGCUAGGCAAGCCCCUGGUUUCCCUUAAAUAAAUGAUGUCCCCUGGUUUCUAAUCUCUUUUUAACUACAAUCCAGAAAAUAAAUCUAUACUUCAAAACACUGCAUAACAAGGAAUAUCAAAAUGUUUUGUAGUUCUAAAUAGACAUAUUUAUUUAACAUGCCAAAAAAGAUUAUCCUUCUUUACAGUUGCCCUAUAAUACUGUCCCAAGAUAGUCUGUAGCCUUUUGCAGAGUCCUAUCACCUGAUCUUUGACAUUUUUUGUGCCUUUUCAUCAUUUGUUAAUUCUAUUCUUGAUAUAUUUGCAUUGUUCCAAAAACACCUACCCAUGUCUGAUAGUUUCAUAUGUUUU